ACAUAUGGCGACAGCGGGACGCCUCCGCCAGAAUUACGUAACGCUUUAUUCCCUUCUAGAAAUAUCAGCCCACACAGAUUAUUCAUCUUCAGUAGGCUACAUAUCAAUGACAAAAAAAUACCGUUCGGUGGAGGGAACGGACGACGACGGGAAUAAAAUGUUUUUUUUAAAACGCCAAAUUAAUAAUUUACAACAAAAUGGAAACGGAGGCAAAAAGACGAUCGUUAUUCCACUAAACCUCCGAAACGUCACGUUCAUCCGCGCGGAGCGACGUUUCAAUCAUUCGCGCCCGAGCAGCUCUGGGACCAGUGAUCCAUACUGCAUUGUAAAAGUUGACAAUGAAGUUGUGGCCAGGACUGCAACAGUGUGGAAGAACCUCAGUCCUUUCUGGGGUGAAGAGUACACACUGCACCUCCCGAUGGGGUUCCAUUCACUCUCCUUUCAUGUCAUGGACGAAGACACAAUCGGUCACGAUGAUGUUAUCGGAAAGAUAACUCUGAGCAAGGAAGCCAUCGGAUCUCAAGCUAAAGGUCUGGACAGCUGGCUGAACCUGACGAGGGUCGACCCGGAUGAAGAAGUCCAGGGAGAAAUCCAUCUGAGCCUGCAGCUACUGAAAGAUACAGAGAAGAUCAGCCUGCGAUGUCAAGUUAUUGAGGCCAGAGACUUGGCUCCAAGAGAUAUUUCUGGAACCUCUGAUCCUUUCACAAGAGUUAUUUUCAACAACCACAGUGCGGAGACCUCGAUUAUCAAGAAGACUCGUUUCCCUCACUGGGUGGAGACCCUGGAGCUGGAGUUAGAUCCAGAGGAGUUGAGGGAGGAGGGAACUGUCACUGUGGAGGUCUGGGACUGGGACAUGGUGGGAAAGAAUGACUUUCUGGGAAAGGUGGAAAUCCCUUUUGCUUGUUUGCACAAGACACCUCCGUUGGAGGGCUGGUUUCGCUUGCUUCCCUUGGGGAACGAUGAGGUUGAUGCUGGUGGCAAGCUGGGAGCACUGCGUCUAAAGGUGCGCUUGGUGGAGGAUCGGAUCUUGCCGUCUGUGUACUAUCAGCCUCUUAUUCACCUUCUGGUGGAGUCCGUCAUCUCCCCCACAGAGGUGGAGGAUAGCAGUGCUCUGACCAUGCUGGAGGAGGUCAACACGGUUGAGAGCCGACAGGAUGUGGCCAUGACUCUGGUGAAGAUCUACCUGGGCCAGGGCCUGGUGGUGCCCUUCCUGGAUUACCUCAACACGCGGGAGGUCAACCACACCGCUGAUCCAAACACUUUAUUUCGCUCCAACUCCCUUGCCUCCAAGGCCAUGGAACAGUUCAUGAAGGCUGUUGGCAUGCUCUACCUCCACGAGGUGCUGAAGCCCAUCAUUAACCGCAUCUUCGAUGAGAAGAAGUAUAUUGAGCUGGACCCAUGUAAGAUUGAUCUAAACCGCACAAGACGAAUCUCAUUUAAAAGUGCAGUGUCAGAGGCAGAGGUGCGGGACAGCAGCGUGGAGAUGCUGCAGAGCUACUUAACCACCAUCAUCGAAUCAAUCGUGGGCUCAGUCGAUCAGUGUCCUCCUGUCAUGAGAGUGGCCUUCAAACAGCUACACAAGAGAGUAGAGGAGCAAUUUGCUGAACCCGAGCAUGAGGAUGUAAAGUAUCUGGCCAUCAGUGGCUUCUUUUUCCUGCGUUUUUUCGCUCCUGCAAUCCUCACACCUAAACUGUUCCAGCUGAGGGAUCAGCACGCGGAUACACGUACCAGCAGAACGCUGCUGCUGCUGGCCAAGGCAUUGCAGAGCGUCGGGAACUUGGGCCUCCAGCUGGGUCACGGAAAGGAGCAGUGGAUGGCGCCUCUUCAUCCCAUCAUCCUCCGCAGUGUGGCUUCUGUCAAAGACUUCCUGGACAAGUUGAUUGACAUAGAUCAUGACAUUGUGUCCGAGGUGCCACAGAGGGCUGUAUUCAUGCCGUCAGUCACAGUUAAAGAGGGUUACCUCAACAAACACAAGGCAGAGGGACCACAGCUGCUAUCCCGCUUUGCCUUUAAGAAACGCUACUUCUGGUUGACUAGCGAGACACUGUCCUACGCCAAGACGCCUGAUUGGCAGGUGCGCUCCUCAAUCCCUAUUCUUUGUGUGUGUGCCGUGGAGAGGGUGGAUGAAAAUGCCUUUCAGCAGCAGAAUGUAAUGCAGGUCAUCACCCAGGACAACGAUGGACAGCUGCACACCAUGUACAUCCAGUGCAAGAAUGUUAAUGAGCUGAACCAGUGGCUGUCAGCAAUCAGAAAAGUCAGCAUCUACAAUGAGCGCAUGCUGCCCUCUUUCCACCCGGGGGCUCAUCGCAGUGGAAAAUGGACCUGCUGCUUGCAGGUGGACCGUGCUGUUACAGGCUGCAGUAGAACCCACUCAGCUGUGACACUGGGGGACUGGAGCGACCCGCUGGAUCCCGACGUAGAAACACAGACCAUCUACAAGCAGCUUCUCCAGGGCAGAGACAAACUUAGGAAAAAAUACGUAGAGAUCCCAGACGCUGAUCAGACAUCCAGCAAUACAGAACCAAACACUGACAGUGUUCUCUCAGACGGUGCCGAAUGCUACGACGCGCUGAUGAAGCCAGGUCAGAGCGUCGCUGCUCGGCUGCUGGCGGUGAUAGAGGAUCUGGAGCAGGCCCACGCCACCUUCCAGCGCAGAGAAAAAGAGGACGGCACAAGUGUUAUUCUGAAUCCCUAGGCUCGCCACGGACUCGGAUCCCGCUACCAAAUCCUGUAAAACGCUGAUGGAAUCCCCCCGCUUUGAAUCUUUUGUAUCCUCUGAGUGCCACCAACUUCAACAGCGCCCGGGGAGAGAUUAGGAUCCUUGACAACAAAGAGGGACUUUAAAGCAUGAUUUGACUUUACAUCUUUUAUGUAGAUAACAAGCAAUCUCUUGCAUGGCCUGCAUUGACUUGUUGUGAAAAGAAGCUUUUAUAUUUUGAGAUACUGUACAGGAAUUCAGUCAAGGGGCACACAUUUUUAUACAAAACGCUUGUUGUAGUGUAAUCUACAGUGCCUGAAGGUGUUUUGAUAUUGCUUUUAUCAAUGUUUUGCUUUUAAUUGAGGCAAUUUAUCGCCGUGAUCACGUUGUAGCAGUGACGUUAACGUUAUAGGUCAUAGCACCAUGACAUGUUGAAAGUACCAGUGCACAUGCCACAGUAGAAUGCUGCCUGUACAAUGAGCUAAAUAAUAUUCAUUUUUCUUGUUGCUUUGGUCCCUUUAUACAAAACAAUGUGCUUUUGUUCGGUGCUAUGACCAGUUCACUUAAACGUUUGGUUUUGGAUGUAAUUUGCAUAUUUAAAUAGUCCUAGCAUUUGAUUGCAGCCACUACUAAAGUCAUAAUGGUAAUAUUUUAUGUUCACACAUCAAUAGAACUAACAAUCAUGUGAGAUGUCCCCAUUUGAUAAGUUUACAGUGUCUUCAGAUUUUGGUGCCACAGUACUCACAAGGACAUAGGAUGUUAGAGCGGCCAAAUUUGUUUUUAAUUUCCCAUAAAGCACUUCAACAGAGAAGGUAAGUGAGUGGAAGAGAGAUCAGAUCUGUGAUUUCCCAAAUACUCUCGAUAGGCCGUCCUUCCUGUGGCAGCGGUUUCCAUUACAAGCUUCUGUGGACUCUGACUUCUCUUUGAGAGAACAAACUGUGGAUAUUUAUGAGUGGUGUAGUCACCCUUCCUGCCUGUUAAAGGCAACACUUGGUACACAUGCCAGACAUGACAAUCAAUUUUCUAAAUUUGUCAGAUGUUACUUGCGGACUUGAUCUUCCCUGAAUAAGGGCUCUUAUUCUGAGAAAAAAGAAAAACACUACUGCUUGUACUUUAUUUUGCAAAUACACCUCAAUGGUUUGUGUCAAGUGGAUUGUUAAUUUUGUUUCUUAAUGCGGAGCUGAAGAUUAACAAGUUAAACUUUUCUUCUCUAUUGUCCAAGUUUAACUUCAGAUAAAAGUAACGCUACGUCAAUGAGCUAGCUUGCUAACGCUACUCUGUCCCUCUUGCUAACGUGCUAGCUGGCUACGCAGCACGCGGCAUGGUGUCUCGCGUGCUUGUCAGCAACUAAGGCCGUACAUUAAAAACAAGUAUUUAUUAGGCUUGAUUAAGCGUGUGAACAUGCGUUCAUAUGCGGGAACAAAUGCAAGAUGAUAAUAAACGGAUGACAUUGGCUACUGAUCAAAUUCAGGCUGGGAGAUGGCUAAUGGCCAAAAUUUUCUAUCAUGACAGAGCAUGUUUUCUGGUAAAUGAAUGGUGUACAUUAAAUAACGGCUUAUAUAAAUAAUAUAUUAGGUGUAAAUUAAAUAUUUGACAAAAGUAAUUUCUGAUAUAAUUGACUUAAGUGCAAAAUAAACAUGCCUGCUCAAAAAUAUAGAGAAAAUAUAUUGAUUCAGGUUGAACAGAUUUUUUUGGAAAUUAGUUACCUUUUUACUAUAACGUUCAUUAUUAACUUGUAAAAUGUUGAACUAGUAAAUCUAUAGCAACACACUUAACCUAUUUGGUAAAAAGAUGUUUGUUUUUUCCCCAAGUGGACAACGGAAGUAGCUAAGGAGUGAGCCAUCUGAAAUAGUAUUUGGUUGUUGUUUUACCACUGUACAGCACUUAUUUCAAAUUCUGUUGUUUUUCAAUGUGCUCCAUAAAUAAAUUGAAACUGAGCCAUCUGGA